CGGUAUGCGCACUUUCCAUUUUGAGAAAUUAAUUAAAAUAAUACUUCGUAUUUGUGAAGAAUAUUUGUUAUACUCGUAUAUAUAGUGCAUGCUACUGUUUGGGUUUGUGUACAUACAUAUAUCUUUUAGCUGCUGAGUUUUGGCCAUGGAAGAUCUCAAGUUGCCCAUCAUUAACUUGAACCAUUAUAAUGUGCAUUUCAGUGCCUCCUCCAUUCGCAAGGCAUGCAAUGAAUGUGGGUUCUUUUACCUAGUGAACCAUGGGGUGGAGAAGGAGUUGUUGGCGGCGGUUUUCGAAGAGAGCAGAAAAUUCUUUUCCCGUCCUCACGAACAAAAGUUGAGGUCUCUUUCCAAGGGAGGCAGCAGAGGCUUCAUACCCUUAUAUGCCCAUAAACUUGAUGCUAAUUCCUCUACUUCCAAAGGUGAUGCAAAGGAGAGUUUUACUAUAGGCCCUUUGUUGGAAAAUGGUGAGAGUGGUGAUGAUAUUAACAUUUGGCCCCGUGAAGAUGUCUUCCCAACAUGGAAAUCAACAAUGCAAGAUUACUAUGGAAAAGUUCAAUCCGCUGGUAAAAAAUUGAUUUCAUUGAUCGCUCUUUCCUUGAACCUCGAAGAAGAUUUCUUUGUAAAAAAUGAUGCGAUGGUCUCACCAGCUUCCUUUCUUGGAUUGCAACAUUACAUUGGAGAACUGGGUGAUACCGACGAAGAAGUAUAUGGUGCUUCUGCCCAUACCGACUUUGGGACUCUGACACUGCUAGCAACCGAUGGUGUUCGUGGCCUUCAAGUCUGCAGGGAUAAAUUUGCGGAGCCAAAGGUUUGGGAGGACGUACCACAUAUAGAUGGGGCCUUCAUUGUGAACAUUGGUGAUGCCAUUGAGAGGUGGACUAAUGGCAUAUUCUUGUCGAACCUGCAUAGAGUUAUACCAACCGGACAAGAACGUUUUUCGGUGGUUUUCACACUAGACGCCAAUCCGGAUUGGAUUAUAGAAUGUGCAGAGACUUGCUGCUCUCAAUCAUCUCCCUCACGAUUCCCCCCUGUCCGUUUUGGGGACUUUCUGGCCCAACGUUUCAAGCGCUUACAUGACACGGCGGCCAAACAAGAAUCUUAACCACAAUUCAUGCUUGAUCUCCAUGGCUGCCGCGGCCGCCGCCACACUACGGCGGAUCUAUAAAUCUUGGGCAGUGGAUGGGGUUACGUUUUGUUCUAAUUUGUAUCAACUAACAUACAUGCAACAUGUGGAACAUUAAGUAAACAAGUUUUAAAUUU